AUGUUUCUGACUUUGUCCAUAUUUCAACUUUUUUGUAUCUCACUCUCUUCAUCUAUCUAUCUAUUUAUCUAUCUAUCUAUCUAUCUAUCUAUCCAUCUAUCUAUCUAUCUAUCUAUCACAAGCUCUCUGUUUAUCUAUCUCAGUCUGUUUAUCUGUCUACCUGCCUCUCUGUCUAUGUUUAUCUAUCUAUCUAUCUAUCUAUCUAUCUAUCUAUCUCAGUCUGUUUCUCUCUAUCUGUCUAUCUAUCUCUGUUUAUCUAUCCAUCUCAGUCUGUUUAUCUCCCUCCUGUUUAUCUAUCUAUCUAUGUAUAUAUUUCAGCCUUUCACAAUCGUCUCUCUGUCUCUUUCUUUCAUUCUUUCUUUUUUUCUUUAUCUUUCUAUCUAUCAAUCUAUCCAACAUCUUCACAGUUUUCUCUCUCUCUCUCUCUCUCUCUCUAUCUAUCUAUCUAUCUCUCUAAAUUUAUGGCGCAGUUUUCCGAAACGCGGACGGGCGGAAACGAUUCGUAGCGACGGGGAAAUGCGGAAUCGUUUCGACAGGAAUUUCUUUCUGCUUUUCUCCGUUUUCCGUUUUCAAGAAUAUUCCCGUUGUCCAUCUCGGCAUUAUUGGCAACGUCUCCAUUUGUCAAUUAAUUCCAAACUCGAUUACCCGUCAGUGUUAACACGCUCGGAGUUCACAAACGAGGCAAAUUUGAUAAAGACCCGCCAGUGCUUUACGCAUGUCAGUCCGUUUCAGCACUAA